AAAUAAAUAUGUCUCAAUACGAUAAUCCCAAUAAUUGUUUAGAUGGAUUUAUUGAAUAACUCAAUAAAUGCAAGCCUCUGACUGAAUAGGAUGUGAAAUGGCUUUGUGAAAAGGCUAAAGAAAUUCUGUAGGAAGAGAGUAAUGUUCAACCAGUUAGAGCUCCAGUGACUAUUUGUGGUGAUGUCCAUGGAUAAUAUCAUGACUUGAUGGAAUUAUUUAAAAUCGGAGGUAAAAAUAACCAUAAUAUUAUCAAGGUAAUGUACCCGAUACAAAUUAUCUUUUCCUGGGAGAUUACGUUGAUCGUGGCUAUUAUAGUGUUGAAACUGUAUCAUUACUAUUGGCUUUGAAAGUCAGAUAUAAAGUAUGAAUGACCUAAAUUUUAAAUAGGAUAGAAUAACUAUUUUAAGAGGGAAUCACGAAUCCAGAUAAAUUACAUAAGUCUAUGGAUUUUAUGAGGAAUGUGUGAGAAAAUAUGGCAAUGCUAAUCCAUGGAAGUAUUUCACUGAUUUAUUUGAUUAUCUUCCCAUAACAGCCGUUGUUGAAAAUUCAGUAAUUUGUAUUUGCUAUUCAAGAUCUUUGGUUUACAUGGAGGACUGUCUCCUGACGUUACCACUCUUGAUGAAAUAAGAAGACUAGAUAGAAUACAAGAAGUACCUCAUGAAGGUCCUUUAUGUGAUUUAUUAUGGAGUGAUCCUGAUGGUAUAAUUUUAUCAUAAUAUCAUAGAUCGAAAUGGAUUUAAUUCAUCUCCAAGAGGUGCUGGUUUUACUUUUGGAGUAGAUAUUUCUGAAAAAUAUAAUCACACAAAUGGAUUAACCAUGAUUGCCAGAGCACAUCAAUUAGUUAUGGAAGGCUUUUAAGAAACUCAUGAUAAGAAUUGUGUCACAUUAUUCUCUGCUCCAAAUUAUUGUUAUAGAUGUGGAAAUUAAGCUGCCAUUUUGGAAGUGGAUGAACAUAUGAAUCAAAAUUAUUUGCAAUUUGAUCCAGCUCCUAGAAGAGGAGAACCUCAUUUAACCAAAAAAACACCAGAUUAUUUCUUAUGA